UUUUCUAUUUCACAUACUUUCUUUUCUUUUUCUAUUUCACAUACUUUCUUUUCUUUUUCUAUUUCACAUACUUUCUUUUCUUUUUCUAUUUCACAUACUUUCUUUUCUUUUUCUAUUUCACAUACUUUCUUUUCUUUUUCUAUUUCACAUACUUUCUUUUCUUUUUAUAUUUCACAUACUUUCUUUUCUUUUUCUAUUUCACAUACUUUCUUUUCUUUUUCUAUUUCACAUACUUUUUUUUCGAUUUCACAUAUUUUUUCAUUCACUUUUGGCACAUUUUAUAUGAUUUUUGUUCAAUUUAUUGCAUGA